AUGCCAUCUCUCGCCUUUGAACAAGCUGCCAAGGAAGUCCAUGAACUUACCAGUAAGCCCAGCAACGACGAUCUCUUGAAAUUGUACGCUCUCUAUAAGCAAGCAACCAUUGGCGACAAUGAAACCUCCAAGCCCACUUUUGAUAUCAAGGGCCGUUACAAGUGGCAAGCAUGGGACGACCUCAAAGGUACCCUUCCCGUCGAGGCCGAGACUCAGUACAUUGCUCUUGUCCAAGAACUCAAGACCAAGCAUCAAUAG